AUGUGUGCGCCCCGGUGGCAGAGCAAGCGGGUUGUAGACGGUGGACAGUGGACGCAGUGGACGGUAGACAAUGGACGCGAGCUCAUGGUUACAUGGCAAUGCAGCUCCACGCGUCACUUUUGGCCGCAAUCUGUGUAA